ACAAAAGCAGUUUAGUGAAUGGACGGUCCAAACCUGCCCAAGUAUUUCAGGAUUUGAGACGCUCACUAUUUUCAUCUUUCUCUCUCAUACCGUUGUCGUCUUUCCUUUCUCUCGCGUUGCACGCGAAUUUGGCCUCCACGUACACCACUCUCUUUCCUGUCAAUCCUUUUCGGUACCAACGCAAUGACUCUAAAAUCGCUUGUACUAUCGUCUCUCGCUCUACUAACUAACGCGCAUAUGGCCGCGUAUCACAAGGCCAUGUAUUGCUUUAAUGGAACUGUGGCAGGCCAGGUCAAUUAUAACAACGACGACCCUGUCAGCCCCUUGUGGAUGUUGCAGAAGAAUGAUUACUGGUUUCAUCAUUUCAACGGGUGUGAUGAGUUUCCUCCUGCGCCAGGAGAUUUCCUUGAACUACCCGCCGGAGGUUCCUUUACUGUCGAAGUAGCCGCUAACCGCGGUGUGACGUCUCUGUCAUUCAAUGGUCAAUUCGCGACUGAGUGGGGUGAUGGUCAAAAUCAUCCCGAGGACUACUCCAUCACAAAUUUGGCAGGCGCCCCUCUUACUGAUAGUAAUUGCAUAGGUAGUCCCAACAUGCAUACACAGAAUCAGUCUAUGGCUGCUGGAUCUGCAUUCGCAAUCUCAUACCAGUCAGAACUCAGUGAGGUGACAAUUGACAACCUCGUCGUGUUUACGGUCCGCUAUAACACCCCCUGGAAACGUCUCACAAGCUAUGAUGUUCCAAAGGACAUGCCUGCUUGUCCCGCAGAUGGUUGCACUUGUGCUUGGGUUUGGAUUCCGAAUGGAUGCGGCGAGCCUAACAUCUAUAUGCAGGGAUUCAAGUGCAUGGUCACCAACCCGACUUCCACUACCCCUCUUGCCACCCCCAAGCCUCCCGUCUGGUGCGAGGAGGACCAGAGUAAAUGUACUCAGGGCGCAAAGCAAAUCCUGAUCUGGAAUCAGGCUGAGGGAAAUAACAUCGUUGUCAACGGCGCUGACCUGAGCGGCAGUCCCAAGAGCCCGGCGUACAAUAGCAAGUGCGGGUUCCAGGAUGGAGCACAAAAUGAUAUCUUUGCGACCUCUUCCGGCGCGAUGCCUGCAGCAAUUGCUUCAGCACCCUCAUCAGUUGCUUCAUCCUCAUCAAUUAUUACAUCAUCCUCACCAGCUAUCUCACCUUACUCGUCAUCCACUUCAUUGCCCAUGACCUCUUCCACUGCCAGAGCCCCGUCAGCUGUUUCAUCAUACCCGUCCCCUUCGUCCCCUUCUUCAUCACCUAUCUCAUCAUCUAUGAUUUCUUCCAGUGCCGCAGCUUCUACGGACUCAGCUCCACCAUGCGAGACUUAUACUAGCACUACCCAUAUCCUCUUCCAGUGCCGGAACCUCGUCAUCUAUUUCAUUAUACCCAUCACCUUUGUCACCAUCUUCAUCGCCUGUUUCAUCAUCCAUGAUUUCUUCCAGUGCCGGAUCCUCCGCACCCUUAAGUCCAUCGUGCGAGACCUCUACUAGCACAAUGUUUAUCACAUCUACGGUUGAGCCACCUCAGGUUGCAACCACCCCUACAUCAAGUAGUCUGGCAACCUCACAAUCGGCCAACAAUCUUGUAGCCACUGCUGUUUCGAGCACAUCGAGUGUCACCCCGAGUCACGCGACCUGCCGCAAACGGAUGGUUCACAAGCCCGUUCGUCGUCGGUUUCUUUUCAAGUAGUUGAUCUACGCU